AUGAAAGAACCCCGGAUUUUCCCCAGAGAGCGGCCAACUCCUUGGACCCGUGCUCCGCUGCCACCCCGAGGACGGCUGGACGGUUCGCUGGGACCACAGGGGGGUCCUGUUCUGAGCACAGGACACCCCCUGAGUGGGAACUCAGAUCCCUUCCUCAUGGCUGGUUCACUUGGUGGGAAUCUGGGCCCAUUUCCAAGGAACCCCUCUUCUUUUCCGACUCCAUCAGCCUCGUUGGCUUCAAAUCCAGCACCCUUCCCUGCCGGUGCUCGUGACCCAAGUAUGACUUCCUUUCCAAGAGGGAUGAAUCUCACUGGUACAAGCGCAGUUUCUUUCCCACGGCCUGGUGGCCUCUUGGGUCCAGGCCCAGGCCCGCUGUCUAAUUCAAGGUUAGGAGGGCUCCCAGGCCAAGGUCCUAUGCCCAACCCAAGGACAAGUGGUCUCCUAGGAGCGGGUCCUGACUCCAGAAGUGGCGGCCCCAUGGGCUCUGGACCUGGGCACAACUUGAGAACAGGUGUCCUUUUGUCCUCUGGGAAUGGUCCUCCCAAUCCUAGGCAGGUUGGCCAUGGCCAUGGCCCAGGACCAAGUCCCAACUUGAGAUCAGGCUUCUUGGGUUCAAAUCCUGCUCCCAGGUCAGGGAUGUUUCAAGGCCCAGGUCUUGGACCCAGCACAAGGGCAGGUGGCCUGGGUCCAGGCCUUGGGCCCAACCCAAGGGCAGGUGGCCUGGGUCCAGGCCUUGGGCCCAACCCACGAGGAAGUGGCCUAGGUCAGGGCCCUAAUCUAGACACCAGGGCAGGUGGUGGCCUCUUGGGCACAGGGUCUGGUCUUAACUUAAGAAUGACUGGACCUCAAGGUCUUGAUCUUGCUCCCAUUCUAAGAGCAGCAGGUCUUUUGGGAGCAAAUUCAGCUUCUUUCUCACAAGCUUCUGGAAACAUGGGCACAAACCCUUCCUCCAUGGCAAGAGUCCCUGGCCCCAUUGGCCCAAAUGCUGGUCCUAGCUCUCGAGGAAUUGGCUUUCCAGGACCAAAUCCAUCUCCCAUGUCAAGGGCAUCUGGCCCCAUGGGCCCUAAUUCAGCUCAUUUCUCAAGGCCCUCUGGCCCCGUGGGAAUAAAUGCCAACCCCUUCCCCAGGGGAACAGGUCCAGGGGGACUGAACCCAACUGCCUUCACUCAGUCUUCGGGCUCAUUGGCUUCAAAUCCUACUACCUUUCAAAGGUCUGCUAGCCUCCAGGGCUCAAGUCCAACAAUUUUCCCAAGAGCUUCUGGGCCAUUAGGCCCCACCCCAUCUAACUUCUCAAGGGCCACUGGCCUGCAGGGUCCAAGUUCAGCCACCUUUCCAAGGUCUACUGGCCCAUUAGGCCCUGGACAAGUGGGUUUUUCCAGAUCUGCUGCUGGGCCCCUGGGCUCUUCCGCAGGCCCUGCAGGUCUUAACCCAGCCCCCUUUGCAAGGCCAACUGGGACCCUGGGUCUAAACCCAGCUUCCUUUCCAAGGAUGAAUGGGCCUGUAGUCAAGACUCUGGUCCCAUUUCCUAGGGUGGGGGGCCUCCCUGGCACACACCCAGCUGCUUUCCCCAGACCAGGGGGUCCAAUGGCUACGAUGUAUCCAAAUGGGAUGUUACCACCGUAAAUAGCAUUUUUGCCCAGCACCACUUGGGUGCCUGGGCACAGUUGUUCUGGGCAAAGCUGCCCUUUAGGUAAAAGGGUAGAUCUGGAGCUAUGAUCAGAUGAACAUAGCUGAGGCUCAAGUUCUUAGGAGCCAUAUUUUUCAAACUCUGCUUAUUUCUUGAGUAAAGGUGAAAUGCUUUUGUGGGACAUGGACUUUGGCUGGCGGAACGCUCCUAGCUUUGAGAGAGAAACUCUCCAGCCUUGCAGAAGUCUGCUGUGUUUGUCCCACAGCUUUCUGCCCCUCAUUUCUUAACUAGUUUCUUGAAUCGUUCUUGUGGACUUUUCCUCAGGGAUACAUUGGCCUGCAGGUCCCAAUUUAUAUGUAUUCCCCUGCUCACCACUGGAGAAUCGGCUCACUGCUCUAUAGAAACCUUGCAAUGGUGAAUGGACCGUGCUUCGAUAGCUGUGCCCUGGGCAGCUUGAACCUGGUCAUCCUCUACUGCCAUACAUUUCCCUGGGGGCUUGAACACAGAAACCGGGAAGGUGGGCCACCACUUCAGAGACCCACCAAAUACACUUCCUGCCACCGGAUGCUCCCUUCUCCGGGGACUUUGAGGUGGCCAGAAUUCAGGCCUACUGCUCCUCCAGCUCCCUCUCCACUGGUACUCCCAAUCAAAGAACCUCAAAAUCUAAACUGACGGGGAGGGAAUGUUGAAACGGGUGGGGGUGGGACAGAGAAGGGAGAAAAAUCACUGUGCUUUUGUUCACCCUGGUGUCAAGGACAAUUGCCGUCUUUCCUGCAUUGUAUCUUUUCUUACUGUUUCUUUAAUAAAAGGGAUGAGAGGGC